CGGUACGGGCAAAAUGGCGGACUGAUUGAUCCAUGUGAAAGUCAACGUUACUAACCGACCGUAUUUCAGUUUAACGUUCCUGUAGAGACUAAAAUUAAGCGAUAUCUGUUGAAAAAUGGCGGAUAGUGAAGAUGAAGAAACUCCUCCAGAGCGAGAUGUGAAGGAUUUUAACUUCAAGCAAAUGAGAAAAAUACGAAUGUUUGAAUCACCAACAAAUCUACCCAAACCUCGCUCAAGUUUACUUGCUGCUUCGACCAAAUAUGGCUUGACUUUUGUAGGUUGCCCUACAGGAAUAAAAGUGAUAAAAACUGAAACUAUUGAAAGGAUCAACGAGUCUGAUGAAGGGAGUAUGCAGAAUAUUGUGGGGCACUGUCCCUCAUCGUUCAUUCAGACUGGGCGUCCUGUACAGUUUGUUGGUUUAAGUAGUGAUGAUCUUACUCUAUCUGUCUGUUAUGAGAAUGGAACUCAAACUGUCAUGGUGCUCUAUGAUGUACCAACACUCGGAAGCUCUAACCCUUCAAUGGCCAAAUUUGGUGAAAUUACUCUAACUAGAGAUGAAGGAGCAAGUGUUGGGAAUGUUCUGUGGAAUCCUGGUUUUCCUGGUAUCUUUGCUGUUUGUCUCAGUUCUGGCUCUGUGGCAGUGAUGGAGUUGACAGAAACAGAAAUAAAAACACUGGCAAACCUUCCUGGAAGUGUGAAAGCAAGUGCAAUUUGUUGGAGUCCUAAAGGGAAACAGCUAGUAGUGGGACAUAGAGAUGGCAGGUUAACUCAGUAUUCACAGGCUCUGGAGGUGAAAAGGGAAAUAGAAUGUCCUGAAGUUUUCAUUGAUGAUCCCCAUUCAGUGACAGAUCUGUUGUGGAUCACUGCAACAUUGUUUGCUGCUGUUUACUCUAGUUUCGAUGAUGGAGAUACCCCAAAGUUUCAGCUUAUUUCUGCUCCUAAAAAUGAACCAAGGACCAUAACUAACUUUGAUGAUAUUUAUUAUGUGAUGAGCGAAGAACGAGAACCAAUGUACUAUUUGAAGAACAUUGCUGAAUGGACUAUGGUUGUUUCUGCUUGUUCUAAUGGUUUUGAAUCUGCCGUGAUUGGAAAAUAUGGAGGAGAGGCUACAACCUCGUGGGAAAAGUGGAAUUUUGAAGAAACUGGACGUGCAGAGAUGCCGCUGACUAACGACAAUGAUGAGACAUUUCCCAUGGGUUUGGCAUUUGACUUUAGCUCAACCAGACCAGUUAUUGAAGGAGAGAAACGCCUUUCUCCUGCCCCUAUGAUGAUGCUUCUGUCAACAGAUGGUGUCUUGUGCCCAUUUUAUAUGGUGAAUCAAACUCCUAAUACAGAUCACAGUAUCAUAAAGCCACUGGAGCCUUUACCCCUAGGAGGACAAAGAAAAGCAAUUAUAUCGUCAAAUGCAGGUCCUUUGUCAACUGGUACACCAGGCUUGGCUCCCAAAGAGAGUGUUCCAUCUGCACCUAGAACUGCUAGAGACCUUCCUGUCGGCGCCUUUGCAUUUGUUGGAACCAAGCAAACUUUUUCAUCUGCAUCUGGUACAUUUUUAUCAGGGAUUUCAGGGACCCUCCCUGCAAGUGCUUUUUCACUUGCCAGUUCCAAGCAACCUGUUUCCUUUUCAUCAGUGACUCCAACAUCAGCAGCACCUUCAAGUACACCAGCUAGUACCUUGUCAUUUACCAGCUCCAAGCAGAACAUUCCUUUGUUUUCUGGUGCACCCUCAUCGGGUACAUCAGGGGACCUUCCAGCUGGUGCCUUCUCAUUUGGCAACCCAAAACAACCUGUUUCCUCUUCGGGGAAUGCCCCCACCAGUGCCUUUUUGUUGACUAACCAAAAGCAGCCAGGGUUGACAGCUACAUUCAAGCUUCCAACACAGACCCAAAUCCCAGCAACAGAAUUGGAGAGACCUUUAGCCAGUAGCCCACAGCUUGUGAAACCCACAUCUAGUAGUCAGACCCAACCUGGUAAUCGUGGACUAUCAUCUUUCCAAACGCCUUUGCUCACUACUACUUCAAUUGCAAAAGGGGAUGAUAAACCAAAGGCAAGUUCCUCAGUUCCUUCUCACUUGACAGAGCAAGGGUUAUUGGCACAGCCAAAGCCAACUCUUGCCAGAGCUGCUGUGACCAAAGCACNAAGUUAUGUGACA